UCCAUCUCUAAAGUAUAAUCAGUCGCAUGCAAGGAGUGAAACAGCUGUUUGUUUCUAAUCUAGUUGAAUUGGUUUCUUCAUAUUUUCAUUAAAAUAGUUAAUUACAGUUCUAAAAUAAAAUGUCGACAAUAAUGUUCCUGCGUCAAAUAUCCAAUCAUGCUAACCUACGUACAAGUUUCCGUGUUUUCCAACGCGCUGCCUCUUCAGCCACCAAUACGGGCAUAUCCUCUACUACUCUACUCUAUGAACGAGAUCCACAGCCACAAUUCACCGAUCCUGAAACACAAAAGCUACUGAAAUCUAUGACACAACUACAGCUCGAUAAAAUUUUCCAGAAAACAACUGUGGCGGACAACUCUGUGGACUACAAACUAAUGACUGUUGAAAUGCUUGAAGAGGAGUUUCGUAAGAGUAUUGAACGUGCUAAAAAGCGCUUGCAAAUGCCGCCUGUGGUGCAAAUGAAAAAAGAUGAAAGGCGUAUCAUAUCCAAUGAUAGCGCAUUGAGCGGUUUCUCAGACACAAAAUAUGUUAUAACAGAUAUAACCUAUGGCUUGCGACAGUCAGAACGCAAAGUUGUUGUACGUCAAACAGACGGUACGCUAGAGUAUGCACCAAUGGAGAUAACUAAACGCAUGCAUCAAUUAUAUUUUCCACUUAAUGGACGUAGUAUACGUAUACCACGUAUGUUUGAAGAUGAGCAUUUACAGCGUUGUUUGGAUGAACAAAAAUAUUUAUUCAUAUUGAAUCGUAUGGUAGUGCAAUUUGACCCCUUUGAACCCGAAUUCCAUUACAUCAGCAGUCGCGUGUAUCAGCACAUUAACGAAACCAAACAAUUUGAUGCGUUACGUUCUACAAGGCAUUUUGGUCCAAUGACAUUUUUCUUUGCUUGGCACCGUUGCAUUGACGAUUUGCUUUACGAUAUGGUGCGACGGGAUUAUCUGCAAAAUGCAACCGAACUCAUUGCACUCUUAUAUAAAUUGCACAAUAUGGAAUCGAAUUACAAAGAUGUUUUGAAACGAGUUGAUGAAAUUAAGCCUCAAGAAGACUUGGCAUUGAAGGAACUUGAGAAGGAGUUGAAACGUACUUCCAAAGAUGUUAAAGAGGAUAUACAAUCGACUAUUGGCAAAACACAAGUUGAUUUUGAAGUCGAUGAUUUGUGCUUACCCUUCAUCGAAGAUUACAUUAGUAAACAUGCGCUUAAGAAAGUGCAGUUGGAAUUGGCAACACAAACGAUUAAGGAAAUCAACGCCGAAAAACGCCAACUCUUUGAAGGUUUAAACAAAGUGCAUGGCAUAUCCUAGAUGUAAAGUAUUUAUUAUUUGGACUCUAUAGAUUGUACAUUUGUAAUGAUCCAUUAAAAUCGUAUGAGAAAUUAAUAAAAAUGGAAAUACUUGUUAAAGUUACUUAAUUUUAUUGAAUAAAUACCUACAAUUAUCUAUAAA